AGUAUCCCUAAAAGAAAGUGACAGAGAGGAACUGGCCUGCUCCGCCGCCGGAGACGAGGAGGAGGCGCAGGAGCGAAAUCGACCGGAACCAUGGCGCUGCGGGCUCUCCUCCGGAAGGCGCCAUCCCUCGCCGGCCGUCUCGGGGCGCCGCCGUCCUACGCGCCGUCCCCGGUGAUCCAAGCUCUGCAGCCGGCGGCGGGGUCUCGAUCCCUGUCGCAGCGUCCAUCCGCAGCGGGGCCCCAAGCAGAGUACUCUGAAGAAUUGCUGCGGGAGAAAUCAGAUCGUGCGCAUGCAGAGUUCAAGAGGAACAUGAAGGUGAUACAGCAGCAAAUGGAUGAGCAGUGGAGGCUUGAGGUUGAGUUCUGGGCAAAACUUCGCGGGGAGCUGCACACGAUUGAGAAGACCUGCAAUGUUCUGAUGUUCCUAUGUGCGUCUACGGCCAUCCUGUCGCUGACCAGUGCGAUGUAGUGGAGUAUGUGAGCGUGUGAGGCUUAAACCAAUGAUGUUGACGGAACCUGGUAUGCAGUAAUGUUUAUGUGCUAUGUCAUGCAUGUGCUGGAUUCUAGGGUUUUAAUGAGGUAUAUGCCGGAUCUGUUUAUCGGGAUGAACACUGGAUGUGCUUGCUACAUGUAAAUAUAUCUGAAAAUGGUACGUACUACUA